AGGGCACUGUAUAUCAGACUAAGUAAAGCCAUAUUUCUCGCAUACUGGUCGAUCUGAAAUUACAUCCGCUUGUCCAAUCCCACAUCCAUAUGCGUGUACCCGAACCGAGUGCACAUCAGGGGGACUCGUGCGCGUCUCCGUCUUUGCUUUGCGCGCUCACAGACAGUGCCUGAAAAGACGCUUCACUGAACAUCUCCUGCUCUAAAGGACUACACGAACAUGCAUGGAUCCAAACAGCACAGAUGGGGCUAAGUCUGCAGACGGACUUGGUAGAAGUCCUGCAGGCAUGAUCCUUCUCUCUCUCACUCUGUCUGUGCUGGCUAUACUAACUACAGCAAUCAACUCCUUAGUCAUCACUGCCAUCAUUGUCACUCGAAAACUUCACCACCCUGCCAACUACCUUAUCUGCUCUCUGGCUGUGACGGACCUGCUGGUGGCUAUCCUGGUCAUGCCCUUCAGCAUCGUCUACAUUGUGAAGGAGACAUGGGUCAUGGGUGAGGUGAUGUGCACCAUCUGGCUUAGCGUUGACAUUACCUGCUGCACAUGCUCCAUUUUGCACUUGGCGGCUAUUGCUGUGGAUCGUUAUCGCGCUAUAACGGAUGCUGUGGAAUACUCCAGGAAGAGGACAUCUCUAAGGGCUGCUGUCACGAUUAGUGUCGUCUGGCUCCUGUCCAUUCUCAUUUCCCUACCGCCGAUGCUCUGGGGACACCACAAAAAAGAAGAGCAGGAGAACGAAUGCCUUAUAAAGCAUGAAAACAUUGCUUUCACCCUUUACUGCACAUUUGGGGCCUUCUACAUCCCACUUAUACUCAUCCUUAUCCUUUACUACAAAAUAUACAAAGCAGCUAAAAUUAUUUACCACAAAAGAAGGCCCAGCCCCAUGAACAAGCUUGAGAUAAAUGGACACAAGAUCCCUAUGUGCCCAGAACGAGAACAGCAGAGUCUUGAUGCACUCGCCUUACCAGAGAAGUCAAUGUCAGAACCCUCUACUGAGGGCGACAGGGGACGUUUCUCUUCAGCAAGCCCAAAUUUUCAGCCUCACAGUGAGAGGUCCAUUAAAAGACAACGGAUUUCAGGGGCACGUGAAAGAAAGGCAGCCAUGACCCUUGGGCUUAUUCUUGGGGCAUUUGUCAUCUGUUGGCUGCCAUUCUUCAUUCAGGAAGUGAUUAUUAACAUAUGCAUCAGCUGCAUCCCCUCCAAUGAAAUAACUACAUUUCUGACCUGGCUAGGGUACCUUAACUCACUAAUCAACCCACUCAUUUAUACCAUCUUCAAUGAGGACUUCAAGAAAGCCUUUCAUAAAUUGAUCAAAUGUCGGAAUGAGCUCUGAUACAGAAAAUGGCAUAUCAUUGCUUUCACAGAAAACAUUAAAUAUUGAUGUGACAUUUUGAAAAUUUGAGAGAACAUGAAGAUUUCUGUAAUGCAGGUGAAUAUGUAAAACUGAUUUUGUUUACAUACUUCUAGUUAAUCUGUAAACAUAUAUACACUGCUCAUCAAAAGAGACCUUGCUUUUUUGACCUUAAAUGAUUCCAAACAAACUAAAACUGUGCAGGAGAAAUUUGUAGAGGCAGUGCUGUUUGGAAGUCACUCAACCUUCACCCAAGAUGUUUUGG